AUGAAGGUAAAGGGGCAGUCCAUUCAAGCAUUGGUGGACACUGGGGCUUCACACAACUUCAUGAAGCUCGAUGUGGCAAAGAAGCUUGGAGUUCCUUUUCAAGGCGAUGAGGGUUGGUUGAAGGUUGUCAACUCUUUUCCAACCCCGACAUAUGGAGUUGCAAGGAAUGUCCAAGUAAGGAUAGGUGAGUGGACUGGAACUUUGGACUUCUACAUUAUUGACUUGGAUGAUCACUCUUGUGUGCUAGGCAUGGAUUUUAUGGAUAAGGUGAAGGCAGUUCUUCUCCCCUAUGCCAAUGAUAUGUGCUUACCUAAUGGGAGUACUUUGAAGGCCAUAAACUUGGCAAGAGGGAAGAAUGCCACUAGCACACUUUCUACUUUACAAGUAGUAAGUCCAAAGGAGCUGCCCAAGGAGUCAUUGCCACCGAGGAAGAGCGAAGGGCAUGAUGAGAAGAAGAAGCGAGUAAGGAUGACUGUCGACGCAAUGGGUCCAAAGUCUUCCUUGUUGAGGCGCAUCAAAGAGGCAACGAUGCGUGAUGGGCAAGCCAAGCAAUUGGUGAAGUUGGCUCACAAUGGGGUAACAAGGAAGUUUGUGGUUGAUAAUGGGCUCAUUAAGACGAGGCGUGGCAGCAUCUUUGUGCCUAGAUGGGGCAAACUUCGGGAGGAGGUCAUGAGGUGGUAUCAUGACUUCAUGAUUCGUGGCCGUCCAAGUGUAAGGAAGAUGAUGGCAAUGCUUGGACGAGAGUUCUAUUGGCAUCACAUGGUGAUGGAUGUCAAAUGGUUUGUGAGGGCUUGUGUGGAGAGUCAUAGGGUUGAUGGUGAUUCUCCAAGGGAGGUAAAGUCUGAAGGACGUUCUCCAUCUGCACCAGGGGUGAGUAGACCGUGGAGGUCGAAGGUGCGACUUCGUGGAGACGCGACAAGGGCGUCGCGAGAAUAGCUGGGGGAGAAUGUCACGACUCUUCCCAUGCCUCCCUAAAAUCCAAAGAAUUUUGUGAAGGAAGAAUGGUGGGACAGCCCAAUGGGGUGCCAAGGGGCGAUUGGUGGCAGCAGCUGCGGGGCAGGCAGUUGGCUGGCCAACGGGCAGUUGGCAGAUUCGUGGUUGGCCAGUGGGGCGUGGUUGGCCUACGGAGCUGGUUGGCCUACGGAUACGGUUGGCCUACGGAGCUGGUUGGCCUACGGAUACGGUUGGCCUACGGAAUUAUGCCAGACGAGGUCCAAUUGGCGGAACGGGCUGGAAGACGCGCGCAGCUUCCAGAAGCAGCUGGGGCGCGCGGGAAGCUGCCAGGAGGUUCUGGUUGGCCAACGAAAAUUCCAGGGGAGUCUGGUUGGCCUACGAAAAUUUCAGAAGGCACCAGGACGGGCCAGUAGCGCCCAGAAUUGGCCAGAGACAGCCAGAACAGCCCAGAAACUUCCAGAAACUGGUUGGCCAGCAGAUUCAACCCAGCAAGUGGGUCCCACAGGCAACUCAGCCACCAUGUCCAGAAUUCUCUGCAGGGUGUGAAAUUACAAUUAAGUCCCUGAAUGUUCUAGAGAGUCAAUCCUAGCCACAUGUUGGAGAAUGCAUCUCCACCACACAUUAAGGAGGUGGGAUGCCUAUAAAUAGCCACUUAGGGAGUUCAUUUAUACACACACAACAGAGGAAGUGAGAAAGUGAGCUAGUGUGAUACCAAAGAGUGUACAAAGCCUUGUAAAGCUUUCUUUGAGCAAUACAAAUUUCUUCCUUCCAUCA